AUGAAUGAUGAAUCCGAACAUACCGGAUCCUUAUUUCCUGGCCCAGAUCCGGAUAAAUUUGGACCAGAUUAUUUGCUGCCUCGUCCCAUUUCUCGGAUUCUCGCCGGAAGUCGACCACAUUGCCGUCUCUGGCCACUCCUUCUUAAAGUCCUUGAUCGGCGUCCAAUCGGAAAAAGAAAAUUAUGGAUGGAGAGACGCCUAAUUUCAAAAAAUGGAAUAUACUAUAUCCUCCACCUGAAAAUUCCUUUCGCUAUUGAGCUUGAUAAGGCAUAUCCACGGGACUUCAUGCAAGUAGGAAGGGUGAGGUUCAUUCUGAAAAGGUCGGAUGGGAGUUUAUACAACCAAGCUAUCACAUCUAAAAAACACCUGAUGCUUCAUGUUGCUGAAUUGGUUCCAAGACACCCUGGCAGGGGCAAGCGAACGGCGAAAAAAGUCCGCCAGUCGUCGUCGUCUCCGGUUUUUUUUAGUAUAAUGGGUGGUGGUAGGGUGGCUCAUCCGGUGUUGAAAGGGCCAAGUGUGGUGAAGGAACUGGUGAUUGGGGCAGUGCUUGGGUUGGCUGCUGGUGGUUUGUGGAAGAUGCACCACUGGAAUGAGCAGAGAAAAACAAGGGCUUUUUAUGAUCUUCUGGAGAAGGGUGAGAUCAGUGUUGUUGUUGAAGAAUGAAUGUUCCUUGUUGAUGUCUUUAUUAGUUAAUAUAUAAAUUGGAGAUGGUAGUUUGUGAUUUUAAUAAAACAUAAAAUUCUGCAUUGAAAUUGUACUCAAUUUUCACUGUUUUGUUAAAAAAAAUGUGGGGUUGCUGGAUC